AUGAAAGAGGAAAAGCAUGACUGUCAGGAGACGGACGAGGACGGCGAGCUGGCGUUGCUCAGCGGGAGCUGCAGCGACGAGGCCGAGGCCGGCCCUGGCCCCACGCCGGAAGCCAAGGGGAAGCGGAAGAAAGCAGAAACUGGCGACUCGGAAAAACUGCCCCACAAGGUGAAGGAGGAGAGCAAGGGGGGUGCAGUGGAGGAGCCCCCCAAGGACGCCCAGGAGGUGCGGAUGCGUGGAGCUGCUGGCUGGGAGAGCAGCUUGCGGCAGAAGCCCCCUCCGCGCAUCGUCUUCCAGGCCGGGCCCGCCUCGCAAGAGAAGAAGCCGAAAGAGGACGUGGAGAGUGUGGAGGGCUUCAAGGAGCGGCACAAGAUCAGGUAUUCCAAGAGGCUCGCUGCAGGUGUCCAAAUUGACUUCUCGGAGGGGAAUUCCAUGGACUCCAGCCAAGGCAGGAGCAGCGCUGGCGUCCCGAACGGAUGCCACUCCAGCCGGGUGCUGAGCAGGACCGAGGAAUACCAGGAUGGCAAGGAUUUCAGGACCGGGGAGCUGGUGUGGGGGAAGAUCAAGGGCUUUGCGUGGUGGCCCGCCCUCGUCGUCUCCUGGAGGGCCACGUCCAACCGCCCGGCGGCCCCCGGGAUGCGCUGGGUCAAGUGGUUUGGCGACGGAAAGUUUUCCGAGGUCUCCGUGGACAAGCUGGUGGGACUGGUGGCGUUCCAGGCGUAUUUCAGCUCCACCACCUUCAACAAGCUGGUCUCCUACCGGCAGGCCAUCCUGCAUGUGCUGGAGGUCGCAAGCGCUCGCGCCGGCAAGACGUUCCCCAGCGCUCCGGGGGACUCCCUGGAGGACAAGCUGAAGCCCAUGGUGGACUGGGCCAUCCAUGGCUUCAAGCCCAUGGGAGGCAAGGGGCUGAGGCCCCCCAAAGCCGCAGGUACGGGCGAUGCUGAGGACCCCCCCCCCACGGAGCCCCCCGCCACCCCCCCCACCAAGCGGCUCAAGACCGUCGUCUGCAAUGGCGGCAAGGAGCAGGCAGAGGUGAACCAAAGCAGAGAGAAGAUGGUGUCCGAAGUCAAGAAUAACAAGAAGAGCUUGGAAGACAGCUGCUUAUCGUGUGGGAAGAAGAACCCCGUCACCUUCCACCCCCUGUUUGAAGGGGGCCUCUGCACGACCUGCCAGGACCGGUUCCUGGAGCUGUUCUACAUGUACGACGACGACGGGUACCAGGCCUACUGCUCCAUCUGCUGCGAGGGCAGCGAGCUGCUGCUCUGCGACAACGCCAGCUGCUUCAGGUGCUUCUGCGUGGACUGCCUGGACGCGCUGGUGGGCAGGGGCUCGGCCGAGGCCGCCCGCGAGGAGGAGCCCUGGAGCUGCUUCAUGUGCCAGCCCCAGCGCCGCCACGGGGUGCUGCAGCGCCGGCAGGACUGGAGCGCGCGCCUGAAGGAGUUCUUCACCAGCGAGAGCGGGCGUGAAUACGAGGCACCAAAAAUCUACCCUCCCAUCCCAGCCGCAAAGAGGCGGCCGAUCAGGGUGCUGUCUCUCUUUGAUGGCAUAGCGACAGGCUACCUGGUCCUGCGAGAUCUGGGCAUCAAGGUGGAGAAAUACGUGGCCUCUGAGAUCUGCGAAGACUCCAUCGCUGUGGGGACGGUGCGGCACGAAGGGAGCAUCAGCUACGUGCACGACGUCAGGAACAUAACCAAGAAGAACAUUGAGGAGUGGGGGCCAUUCGACAUGGUGAUUGGCGGCAGCCCCUGCAACGAUCUCUCCACUGUGAAUCCGGCCAGGAAAGGUUUGUAUGAGGGAACCGGAAGGCUGUUCUUUGAAUUCUAUCACCUGCUGACACUCGCUCGCCCCAAAGCUGGAGAGGAGCGGCCAUUUUUCUGGCUCUUCGAGAAUGUCGUUGCCAUGAAAGUCAACGACAAGAGGGACAUCUCGCGUUUUCUGGAGUGCAACCCAGUCAUGAUCGAUGCCGUGAAGGUCUCCGCCGCACACCGGGCGCGGUAUUUCUGGGGCAACCUGCCUGGGAUGAACAGGCCCCUGGUCGCUUCAAAGAGUGACCGACUCGAACUUCAGGACUGCCUGGAGUACAACAGGACGGCGAAGUUGAAAAAGAUCCAGACCAUAACCACCAAGUCCAAUUCCAUCCGGCAGGGGAAGGCCCAGGCGUUCCCCGUGCGCAUGAAUGGGAAGGACGACAACCUGUGGUGCACCGAGCUGGAAAGGAUCUUUGGCUUCCCCCUGCACUACACGGACGUGUCCAACAUGGGCCGUGGCGCUCGCCAGAAGCUGCUUGGCCGGUCCUGGAGCGUCCCGGUCAUCCGCCACCUCUUUGCCCCGCUCAAGGAUUACUUCGCCUGCGACUAG